AUGGAAAUGGAUUUUACACUAAAACAAAUAUUAAACGAAAAACCGAACGAGCAAGGAUCACCAGUGGAUGAGAUAAAACAUAAAGCUAACUUUGAAGAGGCCAUUGUAGCUACUGGAUUUGGAAAGUUUAACAUCUACUUACUAAUAUUACUUAUUCCAGCCUCAUUUGUACAGGCAUUUGAGCAGAUGGGAUUACCAUAUGCCCUACCUAUAGCUGAAUGUGACCUUAAUUUGACAUUGGAAAGAAAGGGACUUCUAUCCGCGGUAUCUUUUGGAGGUAUGAUUACUAGCGGUGUCUUUAUGGGAAUUAUCUGUGAUAUAUUUGGAAGGAGGAAACUAAUCUUAUGGGGAUAUUUUUUAAACGGACUUGCAAAUAUUGUAGCAGCAUUGUCACAAAACUUUGUAAUGUUGAUGGUAGCUAAGUUUUUUUGUGGAUUUAUAUUUAACGGUCCAUUCUCUGCCAGCAUUACCCUCCUUACAGAAUACCAUGCUUCCUCAUAUAGGUCACGAGUACAACUAUUUAGGGGUGUAACAUUUUCGCUUGGAUUUUUGUUACUUCCACUUAUCGCUUGGACUAUUUUGCCCGUUUACAUUAAUUAUAAAAUAUUUGGAUUUUUACAAAUACAUUCCUGGAAUAUUUUCCUCUUAUGCUGUUCCAUGGUACCAUUUUUGUCUGCUAUUGGAUUUUAUGUGAUACCUGAAAGUCCCAAGUUUUUGAUGAGUAAAGGCAAGAACAAAGCAGCACUUGAGGUUUUCCAAAAGUUAUAUAGAUGGAACAGUGGUAGAUCAAGCGCAGACUACCCGAUAAAGGAACUUAAGGAAGAAGAGUGUACGAUUAGAGGAAAUCAAGGACAAAAGGCAUCUGUACUGAUAGCUGUUAAUAAGUUUUUUAUACAUUUAAAGCCUUUAUUUAAACCUCCUGCUGUGUUUCAUCUGAUUUUAGUAUGCACUGCAGCAUACAUGCUUACAUUAAGCAUGGGUUUGUUCAAACUUUGGCUUCCACAGAUUCUACAGCAUUCUAACAGUUUCGAUACUUCAAGUAACUCGACUUCAUUUGGCGUUUGCAAUAUGAUCAAUGCCUUGGCCAAACCCAAAACAGAAUCUACAGAAGUAUGCCAUGUGGUUAUUAAUACAUCAGUCUAUAAGAAUUCCAUGAUAAUAGCAGGACCGCAAAUUUUAAUAUUUGCCGUUUCAGGAUUGGUUGUUAAUUAUUUGGGGAAAACCAAACUAAUCGCUAUACUUUGUACCAUAUCAUCGAUGUCAGCUAUUGGAUUGUACUUUGCUCCAAAUACGGAAUUAUUGAUUACUCUUUUUGCAAUAUACAUACCGUUUGUAGAUUUAGCAAGACUUACAGCAGCAGCUAUUACUUUGGAGUUAUUUCCUACUCAUUUCAGAACCUUAGCUGUAUCGUUUCAUUUAAUGACAGGAAGAUUGGGAUCCAUAACAGCAAAUACAUUAUUUUCUUCGCUUGUUUCCACUGGAUGUAUUACACCAUUUCUUCUUUGCUGCAUAUUAACAGCAACAAUAACUAUUAUGACAAAUUUAUAUCCUAAUACGGAAAAUAAAGGUCUGCAGUAGAAUUGAGAUCAGGCAAUAAUAGAGAAGAUUGCCUUAGUUGUUGCAAGGAUGGAAAACAAUGUCAGUAUUUAUUAUAACUACGUAUUUUAAAUUUUUUUAUACUUUUAGAUGAGGUAUUAAUAAGUUACUGUUUUUUAUUUAUAUGACCAAAUUUAUGUGUUUGUCAAUAAAUAUAAUUGUAUA